AUGGUAGCUGCAACGCAGGCAGACCCUAACAACAACAACGAGGACGCGCGAAGCACCAGCUCAACAUUAGUGAGUGGGGAACACAAUAUGAGAAAUGAUGCUGAAGUAGUGCCCGAACAAAGUGGAGCACCCAAUAAUACAGCCCAUCCUACUGCUAACAAUACCAACUCACCGCAAAUAAGACAUGGAUUUGAUCAGGAACUGUACGAAGAGGACAUUAUACGAUUUCUGUACUUUUCAGAAAAAAGACAUGACACAAAUGCGAAACCAAAUGUAGUCGUUCGAAAUGCCUUGAAGGAUUGGAGACUCCGAGAAAGAAUAAAGACCGUAUCAGGUCUGUUGGUGGUUUGUCUUAACAUUGGCACCGACCCACCAGACAUCGUCAAGACAAAUCCCUGUGCAAAAUUAGAGUGCUGGAUAGACCCAUUUUUGCUGAUUCCACAGAAAUCACUUGAGGCUAUUGGAAAGAGUUUGCACAACCAGUAUGAGACCAUCAAUGGACGCACUCGAUUCAAGCUCUCACUGGAUCCCUCAGUCGAGGAAACCAAGAAGGUGUGUUGUCAAAUGCGACGUAAUGCCAAAGAAGAGAGAAUUCUGUUUCACUACAACGGCCAUGGUGUGCCCAAACCAACAACCAGCGGCGAGAUUUGGGUCUUCAACCGAAAUUACACUCAGUACAUCCCAGUAUCUCUGUUUGAUUUGCAGUCGUGGCUCGGCUCGCCUGUGAUUUAUGUGUGGGAUUGUUCAGCAGCAGGCAACAUCAUCAAUGCAUUCAACAGGUUUGCAGAGCAGCGAGAUUCAGAGGCGCUGCGCUUACAGCAGCAACACCAGUCCACAUCCACCACACAAGCGUCGUGGAAAGACAGUAUCCAGCUGGCUGCGUGUGGCCCCACAGAGACAUUGCCAAUGAACCCAGAUCUACCAGCAGACGUAUUCACAGCAUGCUUGACAACACCUAUUGAAAUGUCCUUGCGAUGGGUAGUGAUGCGUAAUCCUCUCUUGACCUCCAACAUCACCAUGGACAUGGUGCUUCAACUGCCAGGAAGAUCAACGGAAAGACGCACGCCUCUGGGUGAAUUGAACUGGAUUUUUACAGCUGUGACAGAUACCAUUGCUUGGUGCGUCUUGCAAGAUGAGCCUGAGCUGUUUAAACGCUUGUUCAGACAGGAUCUCACUGUUGCCUCCAUGUUUCGAAACUAUUUAUUGGCUGAACGUAUUAUGCGAUCUUAUCAAUGUACUCCCAUGUCGACGCCAAAGCUACCAGAGACACAUGAUCACCCAAUGUGGCAGGCUUGGGAUUUGGCUGUAGACAUGUGUCUUUUCCAAUUGCCGGCUUUAAAGGCUGCAGAGGCAGGUGGCCCCCCUCACGAAUACCAAUCCAGCACCUUCUUUUCCGAGCAGCUGACUGCAUUCGAAGUGUGGCUAUCAGAAGGUGCUGUCAACCCCAAGAUUCCCGAACAACUACCCAUCGUCCUGCAGGUGCUGCUAAGUCAAGUGCAUCGUUUGCGUGCACUGAUCCUGCUCAGCAAGUUCCUGGAUCUGGGGCCAUGGGCUGUGAAUGCUGCCUUGUCGGUCGGUAUCUUUCCUUACGUGCUCAAGCUGUUGCAAAGUCCUGCUGCUGAGCUGAAGCCUGUGUUGGUGUUUAUCUGGGCCCGUAUCCUGGCAGUGGAUCGCUCGUGUCAAAACGACUUGCUCAAGGACCAUGGCUAUGCUUACUUUAUCAACAUCUUGACGCCUAACAAUGCCAUGCUGAGUAUUCCACAUGUAUCCGAGCACAGAGCCAUGAGCGCCUUCAUCCUGUCUGUCUUUUGCACAAACUUCAAGAUGGGCCAACAGGCUUGUUUGAGAGGCAAUGUCAUCAGCGCUUGUUUGGCCCAUGUGAGAGAUCCAGAUCCACUCUUGCGCCAAUGGAUCUGCUUGUGUCUUGCUCAAGUUUGGAUGAACAACAGCGAAGCCAAAUCUGCUGCUAUUGCUGAAAAUGGCCAUGAAAAGCUGUGUGUGCUGUUGAACGACAAUGUGCCUGAGGUGCGUGCUUCUGCCAUGUAUGCGCUGGGCACUUUUCUGGCUGACCCCAACAAGACGGAACAAAUUGUCAAUAUUGAACACAACAUUGCCAUCUCUGCCUUAACUGUCAUGUCGGAUGGCUCCCCCAUGGUGCGCAAAGAAUUUGUCAUCGCCUUAUCACAUAUAGUGGAUCAGGCAGGUCCCUCCAAGUUUUUAGCAGCUGCAAGCCAAACCAUCGAGGAGGAUCAGUCUCAGAGAUCUGUGUUUGGCGAGGACCGUGGCAAGAUGAUGCGUGGUAGACAGUCCGAGUGGAGGGCUGCGUUGGAUGGCCAUUUUGGAUCUUCCAGCUAUGACUCCGUAUAUGCUGUACUGUGGAAGACGCUGUUGAAUCUGUCUGUGGACCCUCAUCCCGAUGUGUCAUCGCUGGCUGCUACUGUGGUGGAUCACAUCAACUUGUUGUUACUGAGCACACCUUUGAUUGGCGAAUAUGCAUCCAACUUGGCUCGUGAAUCUGCCCAGCAAUCAGCGCCAGACAGUGCAUCCAUCGACCGCGCACAUACAUUCGCAGAUGACGCACCCAAUUCACCCAAACGACCUGUCAAAUUGACCAGGUCUGUCUCGUUUGCCUCAACCUUACGCACCAUCUACAAUUUUGGCAAUCCCUCUACUGAAAAUCAGCCAGGCCAAAUGGACCGUACAGCAGCAGCAAACAUGAGCAACAACAACAGCAAUGCAACUGCCAAAUUAACUCCAAAAUCCAACGCUGCAAUUGCGCUCGAUGAAAAUGCGUUACCUCUCUCUUCAUGCUUUUAUGAUUGGAGCUGUGAAUACUUUACAGAGCCUCAAAUGAGAGCUGCAGAGGCCGAUGAGCCGGGCAGCGUCGUAUAUACCCAACGUAAAUGGCGUAGAAACCGCAAUGAAAAGAUCUUACAAGAAUCGAAUGCAACCAAAGGCAUGGCAGGGUCCAGUCGAUGGGAUGAACAAAUCAAUUCCAUGUACAAUGAUACAGAGGCAACCUUGCUACUUUUACAUCAAUUCGAGCCUCACUUAGUAGCCGCUGAUUCGUACAACUGCCUAGUUGUAUGGGACUGGAAGACAGGCACACCUCUGAGCGUCAUUGACAACCACAAUCCUACUCAUAGCAGAAUAUCCGACAUGAAAUUUAUCAACGAAGAAGACGAGGCAUUGCUUUUGACUGGAUCAGAUGACGGUGUUGUUCGACUGUAUAAAAACUAUGAUGGCAGCGAUCAGGAACAAGCUGUGCUAGUGAGUUCAUGGCGAGCCUUGAAAGACAUGGAGAAGAGCAAUUCGAGACAAAGUGGUCUUGUCUGCGACUGGCAUCAAGCAAGAGGCUUGUUGUUUACAGGUGGCGAUGCUCGCAUCAUCAAGGUCUGGGAUGUACAUCAAGAAAUGCCUGUCAUGGAUAUUCCGACACAGUCUAUGGGUUGUGUUACAAGUAUCACGAGUGAUCAAGUCAACGGUAAUAUCAUCAUUGCAGGAUUUGGUGAUGGCUCUAUAGGUGUCUAUGAUCGUCGUUUGAGCCCUGAAGAAGCUCGAGUCAAAAAGUGGGAAGAACACAAGGCUUGGGUCACGGGUAUUCAUUUGCAACGUGAAGGAAAUCGAGAGCUAGUCUCUGGUGGGUUUGAAGGUGAUAUCAAGAUUUGGGAUAUCCGCGAAUCUCAAUCACUACGAACGAUCGAAGCACAUACACACAAUGAAAUGACUGCAUUAGCGGUGCAUGAUCAUAGCAGUGUGGUUGCAAGUGCGGGCGAUGAUCAAGUCAUCAAAGUAUGGAACAUGGAUGGUAAUAGACUUUCAACCAUUCGUCCUACAUCUGGUUUCCUGGGUCAAAAGACAUCUUCAACGCGUACUCUGGGUUUCCAUCCCAAUCUGAUGGUGAUGGCCGCGAGUGGAAACGAUGGUUAUAUUACGUUGUAUGGUACUCAUUAA